CCGGUGGUGCCUCGCGGCCGCCACCCGGGCCCUGCGCGCUGCCCCGGAGCGGCCCCCGGCUGCCAGACAUGACCGCCAUCAUCAAAGAGAUCGUCAGCAGGAACAAAAGGCGAUACCAGGAGGAUGGCUUCGACCUGGACCUGACCUAUAUUUAUCCAAACAUAAUUGCUAUGGGCUUUCCUGCGGAGAGGCUUGAAGGAGUGUACCGGAACAACAUUGAUGAUGUAGUAAGGUUUUUGGAUUCAAAGCAUAAAAACCAUUACAAGAUAUACAAUCUAUGUGCUGAAAGACAUUAUGACACCGCCAAAUUUAACUGCAGAGUUGCACAGUACCCUUUUGAAGACCAUAACCCACCACAGCUGGAGCUCAUCAAACCUUUUUGUGAAGAUCUUGACCAGUGGCUAAGUGAAGAUGACAAUCAUGUGGCAGCAAUCCACUGUAAAGCUGGAAAGGGACGAACUGGUGUAAUGAUUUGUGCAUAUUUGUUGCAUCGAGGCAAGUUUUUAAGGGCCCAAGAAGCCCUAGAUUUCUAUGGGGAAGUAAGGACCAGAGACAAGAAGGGAGUGACAAUUCCCAGUCAGAGACGCUACGUGUACUACUAUAGCUACCUGUUAAAGAAUCACCUGGAUUACAGACCAGUGGCACUGCUGUUCCACAAGAUGAUGUUUGAAACAAUUCCCAUGUUCAGCAGCGGAACUUGCAAUCCUCAGUUUGUGGUGUACCAGCUAAAGGUAAAGAUAUUCACCUCCCCUUCAGGACCCUCACGACGUGAAGACAAGUACAUGUACUUUGAAUUCCCUCAACCUUUGCCGGUAUGCGGUGAUAUCAAAGUGGAAUUUUUCCACAAACAGAACAAGAUGUUGAAAAAGGACAAAAUGUUUCACUUUUGGGUAAAUACAUUCUUCAUAGGACUGGAUGAAAAUUCAGACAAAGUAGAAAAUGGAAGUCUAGUUGCAGAUCAGGAACUUGAUGGUAUUUUCAGUACAGAGCGCUCAGAUAAUGAUAAGGAAUAUUUAAUCCUUACAUUAACAAAAAAUGAUCUAGACAAAGCAAAUAAAGACAAAGCCAACAGAUAUUUCUCUCCAAACUUCAAGGUGAAGCUAUUUUUCACAAAAACAGUAGAAGAGCCAUCAAACCCAGAGGCUAGCAGUUCAACUUCUGUAACACCAGAUGUUAGUGACAAUGAACCUGAUCAUUAUAGAUACUCUGACACCACUGACUCUGAUCCAGAGAAUGAACCUUUUGAUGAAGAUCAGCAUACGCAGAUUACAAAAGUCUGAAUAUUUUUUUUAUCAGAGAUAAAAAAAAACAUACAAAAAAAAUCAACCAUGAAGAGAGACAAACUUGAAUAAACUGAAAAAAAAAAAAAAAGGACCUUUCUAAAUGGCAAAAGGACAUAGUGUCAGAUUACCAAUUAUAGGAACAAUUCUUUCCUGACCAAUCUCGUUUUGCCCUAUAAAUCUACAGGGUUUGACACGUGUCCAGUUGGGGGGGAAAAAGAAAGGUUACGUAGCUCUUAUAUGUAUAUACCUUUUUGUGUCAAAGGACAUUAAAACUUCAAUUAGGAACUAUAAACAUGGCACUUUCCCAUUUUAUUCCAGUUUUAUAAAAGUGGAGACAGACCUAAUGUGUAUGCGUAGGAAUUUUUCCUUUUGUGUUCUGUCACCAAACGAAGUUUCAAAAACCGAAAAAAAAAAAAAAAUUUACAGGUUCACAUCCUGCCCCUUUUUUUGCACUUGUGUGGCAACAGAAAAGUCUGCAGUUGGCCAAGAGAUGUUUCUAGAAGGUUUUUCCUACAUUCUAAUGCAUGUUUUUUGGAUGGGGGCUGGAAGGUGAUGCUCGGAAAGGAGCGUGGCCUGUGUACCGUAUCCGGCUGUUCCAUGCACCUUUCCUCAGCAUGCUGCCCUAAUUCAUCCGGGACAAUGGGUGAGGAGUCGCCGCUGUCACUGCUUGUUGUUUGUGCAUUUUUCAUUUUUUUUAAGUGUAAUGGUGCUAGAAAAGGCAGCUAGAGGGAGUGAUUCUGUCUAGGGGUACAGGAAUGAACCUUCACGACACCCACGAGACCCGCGCAAUGAAGGGAGACAAGGAAUUGGGGUCACAAAAAACAAACAAAAAAAAAACAACAAAAGGAAACACAGCAACAAUGACUUAACCAUACAAAUGUGGAGGCUAUCAACUAAAGUAAGAGCUUGAAACAAAUGGUUAUAAAAUUUGACAAUGAUUUAUUGGGAUUUUUUUCUGAAUUGUAAUGGCUGCUCCAUCUCCUGUGUAAUCAAGGCCAGUGCUAAAAGUCAGAUGCUCUUAGUGCAAAAGCAUCAGUCAACAUCUUACAUUUAUAUUUGUAGUUUUCCAAUCAUAUUCCUGUUGUGUAUAUUUCAUGUGCUGCCUUGCAAGCUUUUUUUUUCCUCCCCCCCCUCUCAUGAAUAUAAAAAGAUUUUGUGAUGGUGCACAGGAAAUAUCAUUGGAGAUUCUCCAGGUUAGUGUUUGUUUGGAAGAUUUCUGAUGCAUUUAUUCAAUCAAACCUCUGUCAGCCGUUCCACCCCUUUGACCUUACACAUUCUAUUACAAUGAGUUUUGCAGUUUUGCACACUUUUUUUUUUUUUUUUUUUUUUUAAAGUCAUUAACUGUUAGGGAGUUUUACUUGAAUACUCAUUACCUGCAAUGUUUAAAAAACGGACAUUACACAUCAGAGACAGGAAACCAGUAUUGCAGUAAAUUCUCAACACUGUAAAUGAAGAUUAAAAAGCAGAACUUCUCCCAAACACAUUACUAUGUAAAACAACCCCUCAAACCACCCCACAAAUUGUUUUUCUAAACCAAGUGGCAGUGUAGGAUUUUUUGUUCCUAGGGACACAGCUAAGGGUAGGGCUCAAAGUUGGCUUCUGGUGGACGAUUGUCAUGCCCAGCCUGAGGUGCCUCAGCAGUCCAGCUGCUGGUGCAUCCAGAUGUGAAGUUACUGCCAAAACAGGCCCCUCUGAAUGGGUCAUGAACAGCUGACCCCAAAUGGAUGCUUUUUUUAGGAUGUAGUGCACACAUCCCCCCCGUCUAAUUAACUUCUUGGUGCUGACAUGGAAGUUCAUGAGCUGUGUUCUCAGCCAGAAUUAUGAAUGGGAUCUGUCAGAGCCCUGUACAGCAACAUUAAUGGUUGGAAUUUGAACCACACAAGGCAGGACUUCCACUAAUUACAACUGGUAAACCAAGGUGUAAAGGGCUUUUAAAAAAACGUUCCGUAUCUGGUUUCUGUUGGUCAAUUCUGCUCCUCAGAUUCAUGAGUCUAACUUCUAACAAAGCUGGUAAUACCUUCUGACUUACAGGUUUAAUUAGCCUUUAAUGGAUCAAGGUUCAGUGCUCAUUGUGACGAGCAGGAGGUGGUUUUCCCCUUGGGAACAGGAAUUGUAAAUCUUUCCCUUCCAAUCAUGUUUCACCCUGUCUGGUUUAUAACAGUUGAAAGUUGUGUUGGCUUAAUAAACCAAACUCUUCCAGCUUGGAUAGUAUUGGGAUCUUGGCACUGCUGCGUGUCCCACUUUGGAUAAUCAGGAUUGGAUGGUGCAGUUCCAGUCGGUGACGCCGGAUCGGGAAUCAGGACGCAAGGAUGGGCUUUUGCACUGUUAUUUUUCCUUUGGAAUGUGAAGGUUGGAAUGAGGGUUUCGACUUUUUAAAAAAAAUUUUUUUUUUUUUUUUUAAUGUUUCAAUGUCUUUUGAGAAGCCUUGCUUACAUUUUAUGGUGUAGUCAUUGGAAAUGGAAAAAUGGCAUUAUAUAUAUAUAUUAUAUAUAUAAAUAUAUAUUAUACAUACUCUCCUAUACUUUUAUUUCAGUUACCACCCCCAUAGAAGUUGACAAGAAUUGCUAUGACUGAAAGGUUUUUGAGUCCUUAUUAAAACUUUAUUUAUGACAGUAUUCAUAAUUAGCUUGAGCUGCAUUCUGUAGGUAAUCUUUCCUUGAGUUUCCGGACUGUACGCUUCAGCCCGUUGGGAUGUGCAAGAGCUUACAUGUCUGAAACUACUUGAAGGCAUCACUUUGGUAAGAGCUUAACUGUAAGGCCCUGAAGCAUCCCCUGGGCUUGGGCAGCCCCAGUGAAAAAUGUUCGCCGCAGCUCCUCCAGGGCAGCUGUGCAAAUCGGCCUCCAGAUUCCUCCCCGGGGCACACGUUGUAAACUGAAAUGGAGUUUACAUGCAGCAUCAAAAUCAGCUUUCCAGAUUAAAAAAAAAAGAAACAAAAAACCCUUCAGAUAAUCCAAAAAGAGGAUGCUGGUGUGCAAGUUCCAUGUUUAGUCCUAGCAAAUGUGUGCAAUAUGUUAACGAUGCCUGUGGUUGCCACGAAGUGCCUCGUUUACCUUCUCAAUACUGUUGGAAAGUGUCGUGCAUGCAGAUGGAUGGGGUGGGACUGUGCACUAAAAGGGGCUCCAACUGCAGCGUUUUGGCAGAGCUGCCUUUCUCUGCCAGUUCAAAUUUCCAGUCUGUUUUCAUAUAGCAUAUAUAUAUAUAGAUACUAAAAGAAAAAAAAAAAAAAAUCAGUCUGUUAAGCAGCCUUACUCUGAUUCAGCCUCUUCAAAUACUAUUGUGCUGUGCAACAGUGGCUCUGUGUGUAACUGAGAAUACACAAAAACCAAGUAUGACAUGUACAGGAUAAUGCCUCAUACAAAUCAGAUGUCCGUUUGUUAUUGUGUUUAACAACCCUUUAUCUCUUAGUGUUAAAACUCCACUUAAAACUGAUUAAAGUCUCAUUCUUGUCA